AUGGUUGACGAUCAUCAUCAGAAGACUGCGCUGGGGAUCGUGGUCGCAUUCCCGAUCCUGGGCGGUAUUGCUGUUCUUUUACGGCUUUGGGCUCGGUCUUUAUCGAGAUCUGCCCUGACAAGUGACGAUUACCUCAUUGUUGCAGGAUAUAUUCUGGCCAUAUCGCAGUCAGUUACCUCGUGGUACUAUAUCAAGACUAAUUAUGUUGGAAUCCACGUGUGGGAUAUCCCCAAGGACUAUGAUGUCAAGCAAGGUUUAAUUUGGAACUAUGCGAAUCAAAUCCUGUACAACCCAUGCUUGACGCUUAUUAAGGUCUCAAUCCUGAUGUUCCUCCGCCGACUCGAAUCACGCUCCCGUGUCGUCAACAUCCUCAUCUGGGCAUCCUUGGCUGUAAUCACAGCGCUCUUCAUCGCCGUUCUCCUUGUCGACAUCUUUCAAUGCCACCCGAUAGCUUACAACUGGGACAUGACAAUCAAAGGCGGAAAAUGCAUCGACCAAGGCGCUUUCUACGUAUCAACCGCAGCACUCAACCUCUUCACGGACCUAAUGGUGAUCUCAAUCCCGAUCAUAAUCACCUGGCAUCUCCAAAUGCCCCUCCGGCGAAAGAUCGCCGUAUGCUUCAUUCUAUGCCUCGGCGGAGUUGCAACGGCAAUCGGCGUCUGGCGCAUAAUAAUCCUCGCAAAAGCCUUCUUCCCAACCGGACCAGUCGAAGACCCAACUUUCUCUAUAGGCUUCUGCAGCUCCGCUGUCGAGGUUAACGUGGCCGUGAUCACAGCCUGCGGACCCUCGAUGAAAGCAAUUUCUAGCAAAUAUCUCCCCCAUCUCCUCGGUACAUCCCGGAACGGAAAAUCGAGCUAUGGCGAGACAAGUGGCUCGCGGGGAAUCCGGAAAUCACGUUUCUUCCACAAUAGUAGGAAGUCGAGUCAGCUGCACUCGGGUGCUGAUGGUGAUGGGGACUACGAGAUGGCAGAUCCGUCGAGGGGAAAUCGGGUGGAUGUUGUUGGCGCUGAUAAGGGUUCGUUCGAUAUGCGGAAGUAUAGACGUGGUGGGGAUAGUCCUUCUAUUUCUAGUGGGAGUUUGGAGCUUGAGGGGCCGGCUGGAAUUCUUAAGACAACGGGCGUUUCGGUGCAGUAUACUAAUGGCAGUGAGGAUGGGAAGUCAAGGGAUGAGAAGGGCCCUGGUGUUAGUGCGGAUAGUCUGGUUUAG